CUUUCCGCACCGCACCGGGGCACCGCUCCUCGCCUCUCCGCGCCGCAGCGCGGCCCCGCUCCGCGCGAUGCUGCCCGGGCCCUCCCCGCGCCGCUGCGCCUGAGGCGGGCGCGGGGCGAACAUGCAGCCCUCGCUGCCUUAGCUGAGCGCGGCGCUCGGGCCGGAGCCCGCGGCCACCUCCCGGCGGCACCGGCGGCACCGGCACCAUGAGGAACGGCGAUGACCUGGAGGGCUUCGACGGCGAGGCGUCCAGCGCCUCCAUGAUCUCGGCGGCCAGCAGCCCCUACCAGCCCACCACGGAGCCCGUCAACCAGCGCCGCGGGCUGGGCGGCCUGCGCUGCGACCUGGACUACCUGCGGGGCACCUUGGGCAAACUGAAGCUGGCCGAGGUGCUUUUGGCACUGACGGCGUUCAUCUGCAUAGAGACCAUCAUGGAAUGCUCCCCUUGCGAGGGCCUUUACUUCUUUGAGUUUGUGAGCUGCAGUGCCCUGGUGGUUACCGGAGCUCUCCUGCUUCUGUUCAGUCUGAACCUUCACAUAAGAAUACCCCAGAUCAACUGGAAUCUUACUGAUCUGGUCAACACUGGACUCAGUACUUUCUUCUUUUUCAUUGCCUCUGUAGUACUGGCUGCUUUAAACCAUAAAACUGGAGCAGAAAUUGCUGCUGUGGUGUUUGGUUUCCUGGCAAUGGCAGUGUAUGCUGUGAACACGUUUUUAGCAGUCAAGAAGUGGCGGGUGAGCAGCAGGCAGCAGAGCAGCCGGCAGAGCAGCGACUACAUCCGCGCUCGGACAGAGUCCAGGGAGGUGGUGCAUCGCCCCGAGAUCCAGCGCCUGGACGCGUGAGAGCCACCCCCAGACGGGACUGGAAGGGAAAGAAGCACUCAGCUCCCUCACGGAAUAAGGGUUUUGCUUUAUUUAAGGAGGAGAAGGUGGAUCCGAGGGUGGCGGAGGAUGCCCAGCCCUGCACGCGUGCAGAGAUGCGUUGAGCCAGAAGCUGCUGUCGUGGAGGCAGAAAAUGUUGGUUGUUCAAAAGGAAGAUCCCCUCAAGACCUCCACAUCUACAUGUGCAUAUAUUAUAUAGCUUAUAGAAUAUGUAAUAUAUGUCUGUUCUGAAGUAUGUCAUUGUUUUGGAUUAACUGCACAGCAGUUUCCUUCCCUCUGUGAAGAUCCACUGUCGCUUCACCUGCCCCACAGACAGCAGCCCUGCCCUGGCUGGCUGAGGGAGGAGGGACAGCCACAGAGCAGACGGAGCCCCUGGAUGUGCCCAGGAGCCGGGGGCACUCAGCAAUAACUCAGCCAGCGGGGCCUGUCCAUCCCAAACUGUCCGUCUGUCCCGCUGCUCCCUGAGCCUCUGCACACCUCCUGGCUGCUGCAGACCCCUCCACGUGUUCCCGUGGCUGCAGCCCGCCGGGAAGGGGCCACUGCCCGCUCUGGACUGGGCUGAGGCUGGGGCGGUCGCGGCUGCCCAUGGGUGCACUGAGUGUGGGGAGGGGGUUGUCUGCUCGUGUGGGGACACAUUCCAGUUUUCAUUCCAAAGUGGGAAAAUAAAUAUGUUUAGGAGAUGGGGUGGAGAAAAAGGGCUUAAGGGGCGCAGUAGAAAAUGAAAGGGUUGUCAUCCUAUAGGCUUACAUUCCACCCAUGGCUUUCUUUUUCUUUUUAUUUUUUUCUUCUUUUCUUUUUUUUUAAAGGUUCAGCAUUUCUAGAAGUUUUUGCUAGAACUUGCUUUCCCUCUAAGCCCAGGGUAACCAAGAACUAGCAAAAAUUUAUGUGCUUUUAGAGUGUUCCUAAGGUUGCAAUGUUAUGAUUCAUGUAAGGUAAAUAUUUCUGUUUGGAAGGAUGGUUGUUCUAAAAUUAAACCCAAAUUGGUAGUAGGUAAACCUGAUUUUUAUUUUAACUGAGUGUUUCUGCAGAUUUAUUCCCCUUAUAUUUCUUUGGAAAAUUAAUUCAGCAAAUUGGAAAAUAAUAUGAUUGUAUUGAUUUGUUUAGAAAUAGUUGUACUUAGCUGAAGUUUCUUUUAUUUUCUGUGUAUUUCCAGUGAAUGAAUUACAUUUUCUCUACUCAGAACUCAAAUUCAGCAGUAAUUAGCUAGACAAUGUCACAAUAUUAUUAGGAAGACGUCUCUUGAUAUUUUUCUGUUUCUUAGGUGUUUUUAUCUCUGUAAUGCAUUAUUUGGGAUUUGUGUGCCUGUGUGAAGACAGUGCGUGUGGGAGGAGAUCUCUGGAGCUGAACUCCUUUGUGGUGUGAGGAAAAUGAGAAUCUGUGCAAUUGGUGGAACUGCUUGCCAUGUAUGCCUGAGUUUGUGUCCUGCUGGGGCUGCACUGCUCAGGGAGAGUGUAGCACCUGGAGCCUUAAGGACAACGGGCAGUGUAUUGUGGAUAAUUAUUUAACCAUGAAAACCAAGCUACACCAAACAGGAGAUCAGCAGAAGUGCCUGGGCUUGUAUAAUGCUGGAGGGAGCUGGGAUAGUGAAAGUGUGAACCUAAUGCUGCAAUAUUAAAAUUGAGCAGCAGAGAAUUAUUUUGAUGUGUGAAAAAAAAGGUGACAAAGGUGAUGCCUUUUCAUUUUCAAUGUAUCGACAUCUACAGUGCAUUUUACCUUAGUGGCUAAGAUGGAGAUUAAAAUUCAGAGCUACUGAUGAGGUUAAGAAAAAUUUGCAUUUUCUUAGUGACUGAUGGUUUACCAGUUUCUACAGUAACGAUUUAUUGUGCUUUAUUGGAUGUAAUGCCAAAGGGAACACCAGUGUAAAAGAAGAUUGAACCAACUCUUGGUGUUGGGUUAGAACAGAAACAUUCCACAGAGGGCUGUCUCACCUGGGUGCAUUCCCUGAGCAGUACAUGGCAGUUCCAUGACCAGGGUGGUAAGAAAUAUCAGUUUGUUAUUGCCCUGCUGUUUGCCAGCACUGCCCAGGAGCAGUGGCAGAGUUUGCAAUGUCAAUUACUAAAACACUUUUUAAAAGCAGCACAAGCAUACCCAGUCUGGAAUUGUAAACUGCCAUCAAAGCAGUUUGUAUAGAUUGUAAAAAAACCCAAGUAAACCCAAACCAGACAAAACCAAAAAAAACCCCAAGCACCCCACACCAAAAUCAAACCAAACCCACCUAUUGAAAUACAAAAUACAGUUCUCCAGAAGAUCCAUGCUUUUAGAGUGAAGCUGCCAUCAGCAAUCAGGGAACAGGAUGGUGUCACCCAGGGAUUUUGUCAGGAGUGUGUUCUGUCACUGGCCAGGGCUGAAGGAGCAUUGCCAGAUCCUCUCCUGUGCUCCCUGAGCUCAUUGUGAUUGGGGCAGAGCUCUGGGAGCUCUUGCACCUCUCUAAAUUUAUGAAUUAGGUACCUUUCAACCCCCUUACAGCUUUCCUGGCCUAGAAAAGGUAACUUGGGUUUGCUCUGGAGUGAGGUCCCAGCCCCCGCUGAGCUGCAGUGGCAGGAGCAGAGUGGGGCAGUCCCGUCUGCAGUGGGGUCCUUGGGCAGUGGUGCUGGAAUAGCCCCGGGGCUGCUGCAGCAGGGGUGAGUUUCCUUCAGCUGGGAAUGCCAGUAUUUAUUACUCACAUCAUGCCCUGAGCCCAGCACAGCUCUCAGGGGGGAAUCCAAAACAGAAAACACUAUCUGAUUCACUUCAUGAAACAAAACCAAAUGUGAAUGUGUAAUUUCCUUAUUUUUGGGACCAAAGAUGAUUUCAGUAUUGUACAGUAUAUACUUUCUAAAAAAUCUUAAGCACUUACUGCUCUGCAGAGACAUUAUUUACUAUUUGGAUUAUAUAGAAGGGAAAUGAAGUAGCUGUGAGAGACAACUACAUUUGAAAUAUUAAGAUCAUUUGAUGUGUACAUGGUUCAUUCCCCCAAGUUAAUUUUACACAGUGUAUUGCGCGGUACUUUUUAAAGACUGUUGUCUAAACUGCAGUCACACAAAAAAACCCUUAAGGAAGAAAAGAGGGUAGAAAGUUUGAUUUUUUUCUUUGAACUUGCUUAGAAAAGUGAUAUUAAAUUACUUCUUUCAGCCAGUUAGUCUUACUUACUUGCUAGCACAUAGGAAUAAUUUCUUUUAGUCAUUAAGAGUGCUGUUUAGCUCCAUAAAGGGACUCAAACCCCACUGUAAAUAGAACUAAAUUAAAGCAAACAGUUGAACUUGGUAGGAACAGGAUGCUUGAAACAGUAAUGGUUUGGAUGAGUCCCCUUUGGUCAAAGAGAGCCCUUAGACCUGGAAUCUAUCUGCAUUUCUGGGUGUAGAAAUGACUGAAUUCUGCAGCCUGUGCACAGACAUCAAAAUAUUAAACAGCAGCCUGGAGCUGCUCCUCAGUGCUGGCAGGGUCUGCCCCUCCCUGCUCAGGUUUGUCAGCCUCACCUGAGGUUUGUGCCACGUCCUUGAACGGCCCCAGCAGGAGCUCCUGAAGCCACACAGGAGCUCACUUAUGUGUCUGAGUAAAGCCAAUUUCUUCUUCCUCUCCGCCUUUUGCUUUCAUUUGGAAUAUUUGUGCCUCAUGGAUAAAUGCAUUAAUGUUUAAUUCUUGCUAAGCUUGUUUGUUGGGCUGUGCAGUGUCUGCUGCAGUGCCAGGAGGAUCAAGAUGUGUCCAACACCCCUUUAUUUCAGCUGUGGUGCUCUUCCCUUUCCUGAUGGCCUGGGAGGCUGUGCUGGGUAUUCUCUCCUGUGGUACUGUGGAAAGCUGGUGCUGGUGUGAGAUUCCUGCUUGGAGCUUGGCAGGGGUGGUGUGAUCUGCCUGUGCCUUCUGAGAGACAGGCACUGGCUCCAGAGAUCUGAGAUGUCAGUCUGUGCUGCUCACUGCAUUCAGGAGCACAGCAUCAGCAAAGAUCUGUGCCUUGGCAGCAGCUCCUCAUCUUUCAGUUCUAACGUGUCUUUUACUUGGGAUUUCAGCAAAGGAGCAGCCUGUGCUGCUCCCUUAGUGGCUUUGUCUCGUGUUGUGACAAACACUCCUGUGUGUGUGUGUCACCCUGCGGCUCACAGCACGCUCUGGUGUUGUUUCACCUCUCUCUAUUCCAGUGCUGCUUCUGGAAGGAGGAGGGGAAGGUUCCCACUCCUCUCUAAGGCAGUAGUUUACUUUCUCCUUGUGAAUUAUUCUGUCCCAUGUGCUGAUUGUCCCUCCCCCAGGGCAGAAUCAGUGGUUCAUGAGGUGCUGUGGGUCUGCUGCAGGCUGAGUUCUGAGUCAGUUAACCACCAGCUUUUCAGGAGCUUUAAGGUCCCUAAAUGAAUUUGACAUUUGUCACCCCUCUGCUCUUUUGGGGGUGUGCAGGCACAGGAAAUGCUUACUUAAUCUGUGGCUUUAUUAAUGCAAUCCUUUCUUCCCCCCUCUGCCUUAGGCCUAUUUCUGUAUCUGUUAUUUUCUUGUCUCAUGCCAACUUUGUAAUAAUUUCUACUUGAUUUUUUUUGUGAGGGAAAAAAACUCACCAAAAAUCUAAAAUAAGCAAGAAUAAUGGUUUUAGGACAUAAAUAAAAAAUGAAACCAAAAUUGAUAGCAUUUCAUGUAGUGUAGGAAAUAAUGUCAUCUCUCCUACUCAGCUGGGAUACUGAACAGCUUUGUCCAUGGAGGAGCAUUAAGAACAGUUCCUGUCCUGAAGGCUCUGGACUUAAAAAUCUUCAGCAGGCAUUCCAGAUAAUAAAGAGGCACAGUCUGGUAAGGAAUUGGGGAUGUGAGAAGGACACUUGACAAUCCAGUGCUGUCAAAGUGAGACAUGAGCAGUAAGAACCCGCAGUGGCCACAGCAGUCGUGGUGAUCUCGGGGGCUGGGGAAGGGCUGGGGUUGUUCAGGCUCAGCUUCAGAGGGUGCAGAGAGGAUCCAGGCUGCUCCCUGCUCAGUCCCACAGGGAGGAGUAAAGCCAAUGGCUGGCACUCCUGAAAAUCAGGCACUGGGCUCUUGUUAUUUGUAGCAUGAAAUAAGGAAUGGACUGUUCAUUGUCUGGAGGGCCAGUAAAGCUCAGAAUUACUGUGCAGAUAGAGGUGUCCUGUGUGUGAGUUUUAAUGGCAACAAAAGCAUUUUUAAAUGAUCCUGAAAUCAGUACAAAAAUGCACAGAAUGUGUGAAAAUACUUUGUAGAAAUUAUGCCGUGUUCCUCUCUUUAUUUUGACAGAGGGAGUUGGUUAAAAUGAAUUUAUACAAAUACUCAGGAAAUCUCUGAAUGACAUUAUAGAGGGUUUUCCUGGUAUAUUAUUUUCCCUAUCAGCCACUUGGCUACCUCGAUAGAUUUGCUUGACCAGGUCAGAGUGGUGCUGUCCAACCUGAAAGGGUUCCCUUGUUUUGGGGUGGUGUUUUUUUUGUUGUGUUUUUUUGGAGGGGUUUGUUUGUUUGUUUGUUUUUGGUUUUUUGUUUUUUGUGUGUGUGUGUUGUAUAUCAAAAAUCUGUCUAUAAUUUAACCAUUCCUAUGCUAAAAAUAAUCUUUAAAAAAAUCUGCUUACACUGUGAUUUCUGGUAGCCUUUAAUUUAGAGUCUACAACACAAUCUAAUUUUCUUUUGCAGCUUUCAGAAGUGUUCUUAUAUACGCCCAGAAAUGAAAGUUGUCUAUUUAUCAUAGGAAUGUGAUUAGAUAAAGUAACCUAUCUGGAAUCCCAGUGCAGCUCUUUCAUAUGUGCUGGAUGGACGAGUUAGUGAAAUUGCCUUUUAAUCUCUAUGGGUUAAUAAAUAUUUUUUUAUAACUAGCCACAGAUAUUCCUUUUUAAAUUAUACUUGGCAAACAGAAGAUAUUUAAUUUUAUAUACAAGAUACAUAGUUACCUUGAUUGACAUAUUUAUAACCUAGACCUUUGUGUUUACUAUGAAGGUUUUAUCUGUAUCCCGUGGAACUUCAUGGGUAAAACUUUAAAAAGCCAGUUAGCAUUUAUGGAAGGACAUGGGAACUUUCUUCAUGGCCUCAGAAUGAGGACAUAGGAGGAUUUAAAAGGCAAUAGCCAGAUUGUUUUACAGAGUGUCUGGAGAGGUUCUUAUUUUUUGAUUGGGGCUGGUCCCUGCAGCUAUUUUAAUAACAUCUGGAUGUGAGUAACAGAAUGGAAUAUGAGCAUCUGCCUCUUCUGACUGUCACAGGCUGUUGUCUAGAGCACAGGAAAUUUCAGGGUAUUGUAUUGUUCUGCUUUGGACAAAUGUCUCAAUAGACGUUAUUUAAUUAAAAUCUUCAUGUGUCUGAAAGAAAACAUCCUCUCUUAACUAGGCUGAUUUAUCACUUUUGGUACCCUUUUAAUCCCAAAAGUAGUGUUGUCGAAAUAUUUUUAAUGAUGUUCCAGCUAAUCCUGAUGCCUGCAGGUUAAAGUGGUCCUGGCUAGAACCCUUUUAUUACAACAAUUGCUACCUUCAUUUUUCUACUGUUUCUACUUUAAUCUUGAAUGUUUACCAGUUUCUAUUGUCGGAUCUUGUGGAGGGAGAGUGUCUCAGCACUACAGCUCAUCCAGCUUUAACUCAUACAGCACAGUCCUGGAGUAAGAAAAUAUUUUGAAUUAUAUAUUGUGGCAAAUUUAUUGCAUUUUGAAAUGAUUUCUGUACUUUAGACACAACAUUUAUGACACAAUAGGACAAAUGACUUUGCUGAUCAUUAUAUCUGUCUAGACUUACUCUCUUCUGUGUUAGUGUCAUUUUGAAACUAUUUGUAUAUGUUGAAGUUUGUAAGGGUUCAGGAACCCACAAUAAAAUAGUAAAGUAUGUAUUUAUUUCUCAUUAUAAUGCUCGAAUUUGAUUUGGAAAUCGACACUCUGUCUUUUCACAGAAUUGUAAACAAAUACCGAAAAACUGCUUCACCUAGGGUGCCUUCCAUGUGUGGUACAGACACUUGUCAUUCACAGGAAUAGAGAUGUAAAUUUAUUAAUGCAGUAAACACUGUUUUUGUAACGUGAGUCACUAACGGAGCUCUGGCCUCGUUGUGCUUUGUUCCCACCAACUCCAGGUUUAUGGCUGCCGUGGUCACUGCCUUCCCUCCGUGUGUGCACUGAGUGUGACCCCUGGGAAUCUGGGUUGCCUCUCCUUUGCUCUGCCCUUGGCUGCCCCCGAGCACAUCUCUGGUGCUCCGGAUUCCCUUCCUCGGGCCCUGUGGAGGGUGCUCAGUGUGGGGUCUGUGUUCUCAGGGCUGCUCUGGCUCCUCUAGACAGACUCUGCAGCCCAAUCCAAACAUUCCAACUCUAGCUCAUAAUUCAUGACUUACAGCUUCUGAGGAGGGAGCAUCCAUGCCUGACCAAAAGACUUUAUCCCUCUGUGUUACAGGUGCUGUACUGACAGGUUUGUAAUUGCAAACAGCUCAGAGGUAUUAUGGAAAUACCAGGUUAGAAUUCCAUUCAGGCUGAGCAAAGGGGAUGCAAUUCUCCUUUCAUCAUGAGCACAAGUCUGCCAUGCAAUACCCUUGGUACUUUGCUUUUGGAAUAAAACCUGCAAUGUCCCGUCCUGGAGAGCCCUCAGUGCAUCUCUUGGUGUGGUGCGAGGGCAGCUCCCGGCUCUUGUCCUGCCCUGCCCUGGGCGGUGCCCCUCGCCCCAGGGGCGGCAGGCCAGGGCUGUCCUGAGCACCAGACCCUGCUGCAGGACUGGAGGGUUCCAGCAGGCAGCACAUUCCCCUGGAGACUGUUCACAGCCCUGGAGGAUCUCCCACUGUCCACUGGGCUCCGGCAUUCCAGCAGAGCCCGAGCCUGGUGCUGCAGCAGCUGCUCCAAGGCACUGCCUCCAGCUGGGAGCCCCUUCCUGCCGUGCCCACAGCUGGAACUCACUGCUGGCACAGCAGCAGCUGCCAGCUCUGGGUGGGAAAGGUGUCCUGGGAAUGCUUGACCAAGCUCAAAGCCAAGGUACUCCACAAAAAAACACAACCUCCAGCUUGUUUCCACACCAGUAACCAUCUUUCAGUUGUGUUCCUUCUGUUGGUGUCUGUCCUAAUCAAAAAACACAAGCUGAAGAAUUGUAAAGUCUUGCAAUACACAAAGCGAUCUUGGUUUUAAAAUCCAUGCUGUUGCAGCGUAAUUUAAGUGGUGUAUUUAUCAGUUUUAAAUGUCAUUUUGCUUUUCCAGUCUUUUGUAUAUGGGCACAAUACUUUUUGUAAUUUUUUUUAAUUUAGUUGUCUUUCUGUCUUUUCUUUCUGGUAUUGGAAGAUUUGAGCUCUCUGGGUUUCCACGGUACUCUUCUGAUCAUUCUUCAUAGUGGUAAAAGUCUGUAUUUUUGUAUGUAGGAGAAAUGGUAGUUUUCUAACACUUAGUCCAAUCAAUAUAGUACAGAAUCAUUUGUGAAGGACUUCCUGUUUAAUAAAUGGACAUAUUAAAGUACUAAAACAGUGUAAA